GCCUCCCUACUCCCGACGCCGCCAGGAAGCGGCCGCUUGAGGUCGCCGCCCGCUCGCUAGCAACGGACCGGCCAGGGAGCCACCAGCGCGCCAGGAACCCGGCCAGAAUCCUCUGCCCCUACCCUUCCCGCGCCACACGCAGUAGCUGCUUUCCAAAUGGGUACAGAGUGAAGGCGGGCGGCAGGGUUGGCGCUGCUCCCGCUCGCAGACGUCCCGCUCGCAGACGUCCCGCGCCGCCCGGCCUCUCGGGUCACGGGGAGAGCGCCGGCGCGGACGCCCCGCCCACCGCCCUUCCGGCCAGGCCACGUGACCGCGCGCGCACGUGUUUCGGCCUCUAGGUGCCGCGGGCCGGAAGCCGGUCCCGGCCGGCGCCCGGCCGCUGUCCACCAAGAGCAGGCCCCGGCGAGGCGGCGAGGCGGCGGGUCCGGGAACGGGGCAGAGGCGGCACCCACCGGAAGGCAGGCAGCGGCCUGGCCAUGAACCCCAGGGGCCUAUUCCAGGACUUCAACCCGAGUAAGUUCCUCAUCUACGCUUGCCUGCUGCUCUUCUCAGUGUUGCUGCCCCUCCGACUGGACGGCGUCAUCCAAUGGAGCUACUGGGCCGUGUUCGCCCCCAUCUGGUUGUGGAAGCUUCUGGUCCUCGCGGGCGCCUCUGUCGGCGCGGGCGUUUGGGUGCGAAACCCGCGCUACCGCACGGAGGGAGAGGCCUGUGUGGAGUUCAAGGCCAUGCUGAUUGCCGUGGGCAUCCACCUGCUGCUGCUCAUGUUCGAGGUCCUGGUCUGCGAUCGGGUGGAGCGGGGGACCCACUUCUGGCUGCUGGUCUUCAUGCCGCUCUUCUUUGUGUCCCCGGUGUCCGUGGCCGCCUGCCUUUGGGGCUUCCGACACGACCGGUCCCUGGAGCUGGAGAUCCUGUGCUCCGUCAACAUCCUGCAGUUCAUCUUCAUCGCCCUCAGGCUGGACCGGAUCAUCCACUGGCCGUGGCUGGUGGUGUUUGUGCCACUGUGGAUCCUCAUGUCAUUCCUUUGCCUGGUGGUCCUCUAUUACAUCGUCUGGUCCCUCCUGUUCCUGCGCUCCCUGGAUGUGGUUGCUGAGCAGCGAAGAACCCACGUGACCAUGGCCAUCUGCUGGAUAACGAUCGUGGUGCCGCUGCUCAUUUUCGAGGUUCUGCUGGUGCACAGGCUAGAUGGACACAACAUGUUCUCCUACAUCUCCAUAUUCGUCCCCCUUUGGCUCUCAUUAAUCACAUUAAUGGCCACAACGUUUAGGCGAAAAGGGGGCAACCAUUGGUGGUUUGGUAUUCGCAGAGAUUUCUGUCAGUUUCUGCUUGAAAUUUUCCCAUUUUUAAGAGAAUAUGGGAACAUUUCCUAUGAUCUACAUCAUGAAGAUAGUGAAGAUGCUGAAGAAACAUCGGCUCCAGAAGCUCCUAAAAUUGCUCCAAUGUUUGGAAAGAAGGCCAGGGUGGUGAUAACACAGAGCCCUGGGAAAUAUGUCCCCCCACCCCCCAAGUUAAAUAUUGACAUGCCUGAUUAAACCUCUCUUCUGGGGAGUGCUCACAAGUGGAAGAGAAGUCAUAUACACACAAAAUCCACCUUACUUUGGCCUCUUUGCCCAUCCAUGCCAAAUCUGGAACUGAAAACAGGCUUCAAAACAUCAUUUCAUGCUUUGAAAUUGCUGCCUAUCAGUGACUCAUCAGUAUUCACCAGAGAUGCAGGAGGCUCUUUUACUGUGUAGGUGUGUGUGUGUGCACACGUGCAGUGUGCCUCCGUGUUUGAGGAACUUGUUUUCUAGGCUCAUGCUUGCAGAGCUAGCUGAGAGCAGUAAAUUGAGUUGUUCUGGUAGGUCCUCAAAUGGAAUAACUACCUGGGGUUUUUUAAAGUGGUACUAUACCUAUCGAAAGUAUUUAGAAAAGUAUCUUUAUACACUGCUAACGUAAAACUUUCAGAUUGUGCCUGCUGUGACAUAAUAGCAAAUGUAAAGAAUUCUCUUUCCCACCACUUGCAUAUAAACCUCAUAGUUGUUAUUUUCAGUGUUUCUGCUGUUAAAAUGGUUUUUCUUUUGGCUUUACUGAUACUGGUCUUUAAUAGCCUAAUAGGUGAAUUUUUCUAAUGCAGUGAGUCCACCCAUAUUUAUAUGACUAUUUUAGCAAUGUAAUAUAUAUUAUGUUGAAUUCUAGUUCUGUGCAGUGUAUUAUGUUAAAGUAUUUUAAGUUUGUGAAGAUAUCUAUGUCUACUGCAGAUGUUAAAAAUUGCUUAAAACAUGAAUAUGUACCUGG